CUAGAACCGCCAACUACCACUAGGUUAGUCCUCGAAAUAUAGGAAAGUGUACAGAGGAAACAGGCACGGUGUUUAAUCAGUUUUACAGCCAAGGUGUUUCAUCACUUUUGUUUCUACUUCGACACGCUACUAUUACUAUUCACCAAGCUUCUUGCCAACAACUACAUAUUGUUAUUGGACAUGGCAACCAACGCCUCUAGAACAUCUAAACCAUUCCGCCCCAUUGCUGAUAAGAGUGUAGAAGACUUAAUUAAUGAAUUAGAUAAAGCUGAAGGGGAAGAACCUAGCUUUAUAUUCGGAAUCGACUAUACAAGUAGUAACUUAAAGAAAGGAGAGCACACUUUUGGAGGAAAGAGUCUUCACACCUUACAAAAAGGGACCUUGAACCCCUAUCAACAGGUACUUCGGUCAAUAUGUUCCGCCUUCGCAGAUGACGAUGAUGAGUAUGUAGAUGUGAUUGAUGUAUUUGGAUUUGGAGACAAGUCCACACAAGGCAAGAAUGUCUUUCCAUUCAAAGCGGAUGGAUGCGAAGGUAUCGAGGAUGUACUCUCGUGCUACAACAAGCAUACGAAGAAAAUAACCCUGAGUGCGCCGACAAAUUUUGCUCCGAUUAUUAAUAAAGCGAUCCAGAUUGUUAAAGAAAGAAAAUCGUAUCACUUACUAGUAAUUAUAGCAGACGGUCAGGUCAGUUCCGAAUGUAAGCAGCAGACAGAGGACGCCAUUGUUCGGGCUUCAAAAUACCCAUUGUCAAUAAUCAUGGUUGGCGUUGGCGAUGGACCGUGGGGUACCAUGAAGAAAUAUGACGACCAGUUACCGAAAAGGAAGUUUGACAAUUUUCAGUUUGUAGAUUUCCACGCUGCUGCCGAAGACGCUGUUGACGAAGAAGAAUUCUUAGGUAAUUUUGUACUGCAAGCAUUGAUGGAAUUGCCAGAUCAGGUUAAGGCGAUAAAGCGUCUCGGUUAUAUAUAAAUGCUGACUUCGAUCACAAGGUGGAUUUUAAAAGCGUUAGUUACGAUAUUAUUUGUAUAAUAACAAUACAGUAGUAAUGCGUAUUAUUAUGUUUGAAUAAUAUACAGUGUUGCUUUGAUGAACAUUAUAAUGACGAUUACUGAGACCAAACUUCAGUUACUUUAUAUAACCACUGCGCUGAUUCGACCCAUUCUGUAUAAUGAUAUCCUACAACAAUCUUUCUUUUUGGAAAGCGGUAUUACAUUAUUGAUAAUGUUGACUAUAUUGGUUUUUAGUACCACCGAUGCGAAGGUGUAUGUUCGAUUUUUUUUUUAAACGAAUGGCGAAUGUAGUGAGAACUCGUAACUGGUAAAGAAGAAAAUAAUUGACCCAACCCAUUACAAAAACAAACGACGCACCCUAAAUUUGACUAACUUUAUUUUGCAUUUUUGUCAACGCAUAUGAUCACAUAAUAGGCUAUUAAUUUUUAGCUAAUUAUUAUAACGGUUAGGGCCAGAAUGUCCGUUUAAAUUAUGAUAAAGAUUUAAAUGCUAAUAAUGUUUAGGUAUAAGAAUAUAACGUUAAAAUAGUUUAGCAUUAUUGUAAUUAAUGCUUCUGUAUGUUAGACUGUAUUAAAUUCAUUACCAAUUUGUUUGUAUUACCGUGGAGUAUAUAUGUCUAAAGUAUCAUAUUAAUUCGAAAUUACUUUGUAUUCAUUAUUUUAGAGUUGAAUGUUGAUCAUUAAAAACACUCAUACAUUAA